AUGGAGGUGGACCUGGACGUGGACCUGGACGUUGACGUGGACGUGGACGUGGACGUGGAGGACGUGGACGUGGACGUGGACGUGGAGGACAUGGACGUGGACGUGGACGUGGACGUGGACGUGGACGUGGAAAUGGACGUGGACGUGGACGUGGACGUGGACGUGGACGUGGACGUGGACGUGGACGAGGAGGAGGACGUGGACGUGGACGUGGACGUGGACGUGGACGUGGACGUAGAAAUGGAGGUGGACGUGGACGUAGACCUGGACGUUGACGUGGACAUGGACCUGGACGUUGACGACGAGGACGUGGACGUGGACGUGGACGUGGACGUGGACGUGGUCGUGGACGUGGUCGUGGACGUGGACGUGGACGUGGACCUGGACCUGGACGUGGACGUGGACGUGGACGUGGACGUGGAGGACAUGGACGUGGACGUGGACGUCGAGGACAUGGACGUGGACGUGGACGUUGACGUGGACGUGGACGUGGACGUGGACGUGGACGAGGACGAGGACGAGGACGUGGACAUGGACGUGGACGUGGACGUGGACAUGGACGUGGACGUGGACGUGGACGUGGACAUGGUCGUGGACGUGGACGUGGACAUGGACGUGGACGUGGACAUGGACGUGGAGGUGGACGUGGAGGUGGACGUGGACAUGGUCAUGGACGUGGACGUGGACGUGGACGUGGACGUGGACGUGGACGUGGACAUGGACGUGGACGUGGACGUGGACGUGGACAUGGACGUGGACGUGGACAUGGACGUGGACAUGGACAUGGUCGUGGACAUGGACAUGGUCGUGGACGUGGACGUGGACAUGGACAUGGUCGUGGACAUGGACAUGGACGUGGACAUGGACAUGGUCGUGGACAUGGACAUGGUCGUGGACGUGGACGUGGACAUGGACAUGGUCGUGGACAUGGACAUGGUCGUGGACAUGGACAUGGACGUGGACAUGGACGUGGACAUGGACAUGGUCGUGGACGUGGACGUGGACGUGGACAUGGACGUUGACGUGGACAUGGACGUGGUCAUGGACGUGGACGUGGACGUGGACAUAGACGUGGACGUGGACGUGGACAUAGAUGUGGACGUGGACAUAGAUGUGGUCGUGGUCGUGGACGUGGACGUGGACGUGGUCAUGGACGUAGAUGUGGACGUGGACGUGGAGGACGUGGACGUGGACGACGUGGAGGACAUGGACGUGGAGGACGUGGACGUGGACGUGGAGGACGUGGACGUGGACGUGGACGUAGACGUGGUCGUGGACGUGGACGUUGACGUGGACGUGGACGUGGUCGUGGACGUGGAGGACUUGGACGUUGACAUGGACGUGGACGUGGACGUGGACGUGGACAUGGUCGUGGACGUGGACGUGGAAGUGGACGUGGACGUGGACAUGGACGUGGAUGUGGACGUGGACGUGGAAGUGGACGUGGACGUGGACAUGGAUGUGGACGUGGACGUGGACGUGGACGUGGACGUCGUCUUGGAGCUUGCGUGGUCGAGGAGCGUGCCUGGUCCAUGGGCUUGCGUGAUCCAGGAGCUUGCCUGGAGCGUGCCUGAUCUAGGAGCUUGCUUGGACAAGGAGCUUGCCUGA